CUGACACCAUGUGGGUUGUGUGUUAGGAAAUGCUUCACUGCUGGCCUGACAACAGCUGAGAAACUGCCCUUGAAAACAGAAAAAGUCUUACUUCAUAAGGGACAGGGUUCACUGUUGCAGAGCGAUCGCAGCCAGCCUGUGUUGAUCUUUGGCCAUUUGUGGAGAUGGACACCUUUGGCAACAAGUUACAGCAGAAGGCUCUGCAGCAACCUAAGCAGAAGAAAUCCAAGUCGGCUGAAUUUCUGAUGGGGAGUGAGGAGAGAGCUGCUGUUGUGGGCAUAGAAAAUCCUGCGUUCAAUGGAGAAGGAAGCGCCGCGCUUUCCAAUUCUCCGACUUGGCUUGGGAGAAAAAUGCGAGGUGACAGGCCAGAUAGCACCCUUGCAGCUCACCAAAAAAAAUCGGAGCUGCAAGCCCCUGCCAGAGAAAGAGGAAAUGAACGUGUUCGAAAUUACUUUGACCUGCCAUUGCCAGAACAGACAGACCCAAGGCAAUGCGGGAUGGCCGGGGUCAGCGCCGAAGAUGAGCUGGAAUUAAAAAUACUGAAUGCAGAUGAAAGCCGACUGUAUGAAAGAAUGACUGCACUGCUGGAUGAAGAUGAAACAUUUAUAGACAUACCUGGUACGAUGCAAGCCUCGAGGGAUGAGGAGGUGUUGGAGGUGAAGGCGGGUGAUCCGGUGCUUCAGCGGCGACUGCUGCUCCACAGUGGUGGUGGUGGUGGUGACGCCUCGGGCUCUGGGCCCUCCCAGGCCCAUACCAUUGCCAAAGCACAGGCAGAGUGUAGUUCUUGGCUGGGAGGAGAGGCUGGACUCCAAGCAGCCAGAGCAGCUGAGGAAGUGAUCCCCUGCUACGCCCAGCAGCUGAGGGAACGCGUGCGGCCUGACAUGAUCACGCUUGGCAGCCUUUCACUGCAGCAGCAACCAGAUCAGAAGGGAGUCCAGGAACGGAGUGAGUGGGCAAAGAGAAAAGGAAGACUACUGGCCUUCUUCACUGGCAAUGUCGAGGAACCCAGCUCACAAAGAGACUGUGAUGAAGCACCGAGACCCCAGCCCAGGCUGAACACACUGUUUCAUUGCAAAAACCUCGACAGCCUGUCACUCAGAGCGCUCGGGGAAGGCCGAGAAGAAGCGGCAUCCAAAGAGCUCCCACAGUCCUCCUCUUCAGCGUCCCGGCCCUCGUGGCAGAGCUUGCCUGCUGCCUCUGACAUCAGCCCCAACAUCGUCUUGGUAUUCCAGUUGAUCAGCCUACCUGGACAUGGUGGCCAUUUCAGCUCUGUGCUGGCCUGGGGAGUAUUUCCUGUAUGUGGCCUGAGCCUAAGUCUGGUCCAGGGCAGAUUCAAAACACCGCUGAUCAGGGGGGAGCCCAACCCACGACUGGACCAGUUUAAAAAAAUUGAGGCUAUCAUCUCCUCCGAUCUAGACCACUGGCUGUGCAACCUGUAUUUUCAGGUAAAGAAACUUCAACCUGGAACAUCUGAAGGGACAGGGCCCUUUGUCGCACCAUCAAUGUCCCUCUCUCACCCUAAAAUCUUACCCAAACCUGAGGAUCAUCAUGAUCUGACCCUUGCACAGCUGCCCCUCCAACCCCAGCCCGCAUCCCAUUCGCGCCUAUGCCCUCGACCCCUUCUUCUUCAGUCCCAGCAGCACCUGUAUGCGGGCUCCAGCUGCAGAGCAGGAGAGUCCUCCAUGGCGCACUCUCACCAGGGUUCUCCUCUCCAUCGAUCAGCUCAUUCUGCUUGCUCUUCUUCAUCUCUGCCAGGGAAGAAUGACUCCCCAGAAGUAUUUUCAGGAAGUGCUGCGGAGAAGACUGAUCCAUGUCGGGAGAAAGCAGACGGUGGCUUCCAGUGCAAGAAGAAGCCAAUCAAGAAGACAAAUAGCUGCGGCCCCAGCGUGAGCGGCAGAAGCGUGCCGCCUCUGCAGGCAGACAAACAGAAGAUGCAGCCUUCACUGGAGAACCUCUCCAUGGAGGAGAUGGAGGGAUAUACUUUCUUUUUACAAUCAGCACCGAGUGCACCGAGAUUGUGUCUCCCGCGGCUGUCCGACCGAGCUCGACUGGCCCUGCGCAUGCUACCGUCCGAGCUGGGCCUGCCGUUGUCGUGGCAACAGCAGCAACGGCACAGACGCUGGCAUGACUCUGUUCAGCAGCUCGGCCUCAUUAUUCUGCUGCUAGCUUUGAUGUGGUUUGUGAGGCUUUACCUGCAUUACUGCAGCCAGUGGCUCUACCUCCAGGCCAUUGCGGUUCCUGUCAACAAAUUUCACUUCCAUGCACACACAGUGGAUCUCAUCUACCAGAGCUCUUUGCUCCACACCCGAGAGGAGCUGGCAAUGGUGGUGGUGGGUCCCCUGACCUUGAACGCUGUAACGUUCCUGCUGGUUCUGAUCAGAUGGGGCUGUCAACUGAUAUUUGGCUCACUCCCUUCCUUCACGUCAAAUUUUAUCAUGGCUCAGGGAGUGUGGACAGUCCUCGACCCCCUGGCAGUCUUUGCUGUGGACGCCGUCCUCGGGCGUCUGGCCUACAGCCCCAACACACCAGUAGGGGAUGCGGCCAAACUUUACUGGCACUUCUAUCGGGCUGAUGGAUCAGGUGCAGCAGGAGUGAUAAUCACUCUGUUCCUUUACGCAGUCCACUUCCUUCUCUCCAUCACGAUUCUCACUAUUUACCUGCUCAGAUUCCACAACAAUGGUCGCAUGCUGGAUGUCUACCAGCGACUCACUGCCAAAGAGGGCGGGUAUUUCCUGCCUGAAGACCUUGAGCUGUCCAAUCAGGAACUCAGCUACAUUGUCAAAAAGGCAGAGCAGUGGAGAGGCUUCAGUGGAGAAAGGCGUAAGGUGGCGGUUUAUGACUAUAUCUGGACAGCAGAGGACUCUCUCUCAAGCUUCGCCGGCCCCAGUGAUGAGCCUCACGCUGAGGGUGGGUCGCCACCGGAGAGGGAGACCAGCACUCAUGUCGUCAUCCAUACACUGUACCUGAGCGGGCUGAGACAAAGAUACCGACACUUCCUUCGGCAACCCGAUGGGGCUAUCACCGAGGUGAUUGGUGAAUUACAGGGAUUGGACAACGCAAGCAAGGAGGUGCCUUGCCUGGAUCAGAGCUCUUCCAGUCAAAGAGACGACAGGGGAUGUGCAAGUGUUUCCCUCCAGCUACGGAAACGAAAGAAACUGUUUGGCAGGUCCAAUCGUGUGGAGCCAAUAGCAGGAAGUGGAUGUGGCUCAAGUUUUGCACUGCAAGACCUCGCUCAGUAAUAACAUGGACCAGGUGAAGAGUUCCUGUGUGCUGGAUAACACACUGGCCAAUGACUUCUUGGACACUGCGGUCUCUGUUUUUCUAGCAACAGCUAUUUUAUGGCAACAAAAUGUUACACCGCUAGACUAAUCCUAGCAUGUUUACUCUGUGUUUUUUGUAUGACUUGCUGAUAAUUUGGUUCGUAGCGUAUUUUGUUUUGGACACAGAUGAGGAGGAGAUUGAAGACGCCAAUACAAGCUGUCUUUAAUGCAGAGGACAUGGUGAAGGCCAGAAAACACUAAGAUUUGUUGAGGAAAACCAAUAUUUAUUAAAUCAACAAAAUUGUGUGCACAGUUUAAAACUGGCUGCAUGAAUUGUGACUAAAUGCUAUAUGCUUUAUGUCGUAUAUCAUAUGCUAUUCCUCAAACUAUACGAAUGCAGCCUACAAAAUCACAGAUAGUACCUCAACAAUUGGUAUUUGCAGCUGAGGUCUCUCAGGCAUCCCAACAGAGAUGAUUUAAUUGUCCUGUGUUCCAGAUUAUUUGGGAUCAAAUGUUGGAACGCCUAUUGAAAACAUAAAAGCAAGUGCAAAGCUUGCUAAGACUUUCUUUAGCACAUUCCCUAACUGUAAGCAAACACUGCGGUGCUGUCGGGUGCAACGUUUUGUCUCUGAGACCCUAUGCAGACAAACAUAAGAACCGGUGAGUCAUCUGUGACCUCACAGCGUCAAUAAACACUUUGACAACUCCGUAACGAACGCAGCUUGUCAGAUGUCCUACACUGCCUCAACAGAAUGAAAUAUGAAGAAAUAUAAAGUCACUAAUCAGAAGACAAGUGAUAAAAUAUCAAUUUUGGCCUCACAUUAAACAGGAUAAUUUUCAGGCCAGCUUGAUUUGUAUUGAAUAUGUGUCUGCUGGCCGGUGCUUAGUGUAAUGAACUGGCUCACAAAUCAGGCUGUAAUGGCCGCCUACUUACACAUAUUGCUUAAUUAAAGGUUGUGAGCUUAUUAGCAUGUGUCUCUGGUGCAGGGUGCAGGAUGAUAGGGAGCACGACUGAUGUCGUUCAGAGCCUUUUAUGGAUGGCUAACCUAUCAUACUAAAGCCAUCGCCCCUCUAAAAUCUGAUCUUAAUAACCUGUCAUUUUCAUUGAUGAUGAUUUCCCCUUUAUGGGCGGCCAUUAUGGAUCAAGUUCUGGGUCUUGGCGAAUGGUCAUAGAGGCCGUUUGUGCUUAUCAUCAUCAAGGAUAUGCCUUCCUUUGGCCUUGAAGUUGCAGCUCACCUCCAUGUUUAAACCAUCAUAGUGAUGCCCCUGGGGUGCCAGGGACAGUGCAUAUGGACACACACACACACGCACUCACAUACAUUGGAUAUCUAUUCCAGUGCAAAUCACAGUUAGGCCUCUGCAGCAUUAAAAGAGAAAACGAGGCCAAAAAAAAUGCCUUCAUUUACAGUGCAUUUCUGCCUUCACAUCUUUUUUUUCUCCACGUUACAACUGGAUUUAGAUCUGAAAUUUAACACACCUUGCUAUGAUCUAAAAUACCCAGCAAUAGCUCUGGCUUUCAUGUCUGGGUCGCUGUCCUGCUGGAAGGUGAACCUCGGCCUUCCCAGUCCUUUGCAGCCUAAGUUAUAAUUAUUGUUUGUAUUUUGUUCCAGGAAUAGGAUGCACUUUAAUCAGCAUCCUUGGCUGAAAAAAAAAAAAAAAAAAGCGUGUCCACAGCAUAAUGCUGCCAACACCAGGUCUCACUGUUGGGAUGGUGGAUUCAGGUUCAUUUGCAGCUAUUUUUAGCGACACCCGGCGUUCGUUACUCUUUCGUAUAAAAUUUGAACAGAAUACAUUGAGGUUUGCGGUUGUACCAUAACAAAAAUAUGACGGUUAAAUGAAACGAACACUCGUCUAAGGAGCUUUACAGAAAACGCUGCGUUCUCGCUACACCUCCAUCCCACACUAAAAUAUGCUUGUGAAAUAAUUACAUUUGGCUCAUUCUGGAGAACAUUUAGCAUUAGCAAGAUGUAUUUUUACUGCGUCAUGUCCUCUUGUCUGUUUGACACUAGCCAGAGCCUAAAUAGCUAAUUAGAGAUCCCUCUAUUAAAAGUGACAGUGCUACCCCCCACCCUCAAUUCAAUCACUCCUCUAAUGAACAUUAAGCAGAAAUGCUGUCUUUCAGAGAUGACAUGAAGACAUCUAUUUCUCUAAAUAAUCUACCUUGCUGGUUGAAUUUCCUGAAGUUGUCUGCUUAUUUUUUUUUACGUCACGUUCCUUUUAUAUGAACGGGCAAUAUGAUGGUCUUUAAUUAAGCAGCACUACAAAACUAUUUGAUUGCUGUAUUCAUUUUUUAUAAUGUUCUUUUAUGUAAAGCUGUAAAGUUUGAUGUUUUAUCCCCUCUGCUUUUGUUCUCAUUUGAUGUUUUCUGAGAGAAUCAUCAUCUUUCUUCAUUUCGUGAUCAUCAAAACAAUGCCCCCAAUGCAACCGUUCAGACCCAGAGAAGCACAGGUACAAAAGGGGGCCAAAGGUAAUUCACAGGUUCAAAUAUUUGAUUGUUAAUGACAAACACCACUUCGGUGCAAUUUAAAUUUCAAAUUGAUCCCUGGGAGAAAUUAUUUCUGAGGGAGAGAGAAAACACGCCGCUAGGUCUGCGCGCCGCACAUUUGCUGAUUUAAGUUAAAAGAAAACCUUUUUGCAAGCGCUAUCAUAAGGGAGCUGCAACUUUUUGAAGUAGGUGCCCGCAUCUGCUUGGAGCCAGCCCCAACCAGGGGAUCUUACUGGGGAAAAUAAAACAUAAAAAGAAAGAAAAAAAAUAACACUUUGACUAAUUCUAUAUUUAUGUAGCCCUCAGCUGGAGGUGUUCACAUAAAAGUUUGCAUUCUGAAGUGCUACGGUGAUCGUUACGCUCCUUUCUCAUUGAGAUCGGCGACUCUCCGAGCAAGGUUGGCAGCUCCCGCUCAGACUGAUUCAGUUGAAUUAAAGUUGCAGAGCUAAAUAGAAGGGGUUCAAAUUAUUACUUUUCAUCCUUUUUUCUUCUCUUAUUAUUUAUUUCAAACCUUCUGUGAUUGUGUUUAAGGGCAAACAUUUCUCUUCUGUGUUUCCUUUGAUUGUAAAUGUUUUUUUUUUUUGCCAGCAUGUCAGUAUUUUCUAAUUUAUUCGACUUCAUUUAUUGGACUUUCCUAUUUGAAGUUGAAACAUACUGUAACUAUGCAUUGUGGGAACUUUUUUGAUCAAUGAAAAACCUUAGGGAAUUGUUUCUUACAAACAGGUCCUAAAAAUAUAUUAGUAUAGAUAAAUAAGGCUUAUGUCAGCCUUAAUAUUUAUUAAUAAUAUUUAUAAUUAAUUCUUUAUAAUAGCAACUUUUUUAUUUAGGGCAAAUUUGAAAACAUAAGGCCAAAAUAAUUUACUGGGAUAGAUCUUUAUCCUUUUUUGCUGUAGCACCACAUAAUGAGUAUAUUAUUUAUAUAGCUUAACAAGAAUUACAAAAAUAAAUUUAGAUUCCACAUCAGGUUUUUCUGUCAAAGCUGCAUUCUUCUCCACUGACCCUGAACUUGAUUUCCUGGUGCUUAAAUAAAAAAAAAAGAAGAAAAAAAAAACAUGCUGUCUAGCUGUGGUGAGCAACGAUGCUGACAUCAUACCAUAUUUCUGUGACAUCUGGAUAGAUGCUGCGUCCACCAACAUAUUUAUUUAUUUUUCAUCUUCCAGAGCUCUGUCAGGGAGGCAGAUGUCCUGCUCACAGGAAGAAGAAAAAAAAAAUUAUUUGCAGGGGAAAAAGGGGAGUGGGGGUGAGGGGACAAAAAUAUAUGAAUAUGCAAAUUCUGUCACAGUGUGGAACCUUGUAAUGAGUGGGAAAUGUUGUCGCCAUCUUUCAUUAUGCAGAGGUCAUUGCUUAAUGCCAGGCAGCUGGGCCGAGCUUCGUCUCUCGGAGGGGGCCCUCGCCCUCCCCGCAAACUCCCCCCGUUGUCUUGAAAAAGUACUUGAACCAAAUCAUUUUAGAAACACAGUUUGCAUGUUGCUUUUCUUGGACGAACAGCUGGUAGACACGACUGACUUUUGAGAAGAUUUCUUUUUAUGAAUAAAUGAUGAAAUUAGGUUUAAACUGGCAGAUGAUAUUUAUUUACCUGAACAGUCAAACUUACCUGCUUGUUUUUAUUAGCAACAAUGCUAGUAGCAUUGGCUGAUACCCUCCCUACAGUGUUUUCCAUCAUGCUGUAAGCAGGAGGAAUCAUGCUGCUGAGGUUAUGGUAGUUGCAAAAGAUAUGCAAAAGAUAAUUGUUGACUUUUCCCAUCGAACUUGAUAAAGCCUUGGUAGAUUUCUUAUUCAAAUGAAUUAAAAGCCUAAGUUUCAGCCUGCAAACCCUGCACAUACAUUCUUCAUAAAGGAUGCAUUUUGUGACUUACUUUAUGAUGGUUUAAAGUUUCUAAAAUGAUGUC